UCUACAAGUUAGCACUGGACUGCAAUGCUGUUGUCUUUAAAAACCAGCAAUUUUCAUGUACCAUUUAAAAGCUCCGAUGAACACACGUCAACUUCACAUAUAGAUCGAGGACGAAACUCUUCAAAACCAGGUUACAGAGAAGCUUUAGAAAAAGAAGUUCUAGUAUGGGCUGAAGAUUUACCUAAAUAUUCAAAUCCAAGUACCGAAAAUCUAAAACAGAACAUAGUUAAUGAACUUAUUGAUAAAAUCAAUAGACUUAAACCUUUGGCUAACGAAGAUUAUUACGAUACAAAACUAUCAAGCUUAGUUAGUAAGUUUUUAGAUUCAUUGCCAUCUUCAACUGAUGUAAAGAAACGAGACCCGGCUUUAAACAAUCUUAAACAAAACCUUAUUGACAAAAUAAAUGCCCUAAACAGAUAUUCAUUUGAUGAAGAAAAUAAAAAAGACCACUAUGGUAGGAGAAAUAAAAAUUAAAGUAGGAAGUUGAAAAUCAGAAAUAAUGGAACAAGCACAACGCCAACAGGAGAAGAAAGAUACAACAAAGCAACUAACAUUGCAACAAAUAGAACGUACAGUUCCUUCUGGGAUGGAUAUUCAAAUAAUUAUUUUGAUGGAAGUUUAAAAAAAAAACACCUUGCUGAUGAUCCUGAACAUGCACAAUUAAAACAAGAUGUUUCAGAUACGCCACCAAACUAUGGUUAAACAUACGGUCAGCCCAA